CAGCAAAACGGCUGAUCCAACUUGCUGUGCGGUUUCUCAUUUCUUGAUGACGAAACCCAGAAGAAGAAGGAAUAAAAAAAAUCAUGGGGGUUUGUAGUUUACUUACUAAUAAUGGCGGAUUCUACAAGGAAGGAAGAUGCCAACGUCUCAUCUUCUUGUCUUGUCUUCUUCUUUUAUUUCUUUCACUAUGCGGUUUCAACCACAAAUUGGAUACUCUGUUUCUCCCCAUGGGUUCUCCAUCGCUUCAAGACCAACAGGGAAAAUACAUCCGAGCUCGCGAGAAUCCUUUUUUUGAAGGAUUAAAAAGAGGGAACGCCUCUAUGAACAACAGGAAAUCUCUAUUUGACUUUAUGGGAAGGACUGGUAAGCAGACAGUUACCCGUUCGUCAUCAGCUAUUGUUCAUAAGGAGUAUACAAGUGGUAUUUCAGAAACUGUUUCAAACAGUUCAGCUAAAGGUUCACCACAAUUAGACAUUAGAAAAGAGCCUUUUCGACUAUCUUUAUCUGAAAGUGCUGAUGUAAGUUCUCCUCAGAAAGCAGAUGAUAUUCAAAGUAAUCACGAUGUAGAAAAAUCGUCUAAAAGUUUCAAUAAGAGGAAACAAGUUUCACUUCCUCCAUGUGCAGCAUCUUUCUAUUAUGGUAGUUCACCACAGAUAGAUGCUGUUGAGUCUUGUCAAAGCAUUCAGAAGCUAAAUAGGUAUCUAAAAGCUAGUAAGGCUUCUGUUAACACGGGUGUUCCGGGACAGUUUUUGCGUGUUGUCCUUGGACCCAUCUCAGAUGGCGGAUCUUUUAUUUCACAUAUCAUGUAUUCCUUCUACUUGCACCAAACAGACGAGACCUUUCAGUUUUGUACUGUGCCUGUUAUCAACCUCAAGAGGACAGACAUCAACUCUCAUGGUGAGCUGGAAUGGCUACUUAGUUCUUGUAACAUUGAUCGGUCGUCACUUCUGUUCAUCGAUGAGGUUGAUCUUUCAUAUUAUGAUCUAUUUGGAAGUCUUAAAAUUGUUUUACUGAAUGCUGAUAAGCUUCAAGAGAAAUACGAGGCACUGAAGGAUUCUGUAAUAGAAGUAUUCAAUAUCCAAAAGGGUGGUUUUGCUUAUCCUUCAGAUGAUACUAAUGUUGACAAACAGGACUGCUCAUGUUGUGCCUUUAUUGCUGAGAAGUUUGCUUCAGUAUCACCCGGGAUAUUGGCAGGGAAGGGUUUCUCUCGCCUUCUGCUAGCAGGUAUCCUCUUGGAUACUGAAAAUUUGACUAGUCCCCGGUGUACUUCUGUAGAUAGAUACAUGUCAACAUUAUUACUUAACGGGGCUGGCCGAUUUGGAUGCAGUGGGCUUUACCAGAUUCUGAGAUCUAAAAUGCACGAUGUAUCCCAGUUUAGUGUUGGACAAAUCUUGCAAAAAGACUUCAGAAAGUGGUCAACAGCUGGGGAACAACAUACAAAAUCUGAAUAACCAUCGUUUCAACGACCAUCGACAUCCAUCAACGUUUCACGAUCAUCGACAUCCAUCAACAAAAUUUGAAAGUCUGAACAACCUACCUAGGGUUAAGCCCUAAGGAGUUAAGGGUUCACAUAAUUGCAUUCUUGUUUCAUAAUCACUAGUCAGGUAUGGAAUUACGAAUUGGAAUGUAACAUUUUUAUCUUUGAUGCCAUAUUGCCAUUACUUGAUAAAUAAUGGUUUCUUCUAAAUGUUUGAUUGUGUGUUUUGAAUGUUUGAAAGCUUGAAAUUUGAAAAUAAAAACGUUUGAUGUUUA